AUGCCAAUAUUCAAUUUGGAUGAUACAUUUAGUCCUGAUAAUGAAAUGCCAACAAAUUAUUAUGGCGCAUCAUUUAUAAGCACUGAUGGGAUACAAAAACUAUGCUUAACACAUGCUGAUUGUUAUGAUAUGCGAGAGCCAAUUUAUUGGUGUUUUUUGGCUCAAAAUCAACAAUGGACUGACAAAGGUUGCUAUUGUGAUCCGGUUUUAAAAGCAUGCAUUAUUGAACGGAUGACUAAACUUGGUCCAGCAAGUAAAAUCCGGAAUUAUGCAUAUUGCUCACCAAAAGCUUUUUGGGAAUGUUCAUCGUUUCAAAAUAUAUAAAUUUCAUUUGAAGUUUUCUUUCGGUUUCCUUUCUUUUUUUUUUUCCUGAGAGUUAUGUAAAUGCUAUGAUGCAAUUACUAUGAUUACUUGGGUAACUUAUGCAAUCUUUGUAUAAGUGAGUUACAGUAACCUUUAAUAAAUAUGAUAUGAAG